UAUCAUUAGUUAACACAACUCAACAGCAUAAUAAAUAAAUAAUAAUAGCACUGAUAAUUUCUUCGCCUUUCGUUUUCCACUUUGGUGCGCACACACACUCACGCACGAGCUUCAAAACCAAACCAAACUUCGUUACAACCUCCAAAAGUUUCAAACUUUUUCUCUCAUUCAUGACUCAUGCCAUCACCGACAAUAACAGGACAACGGUAAAGUACUGAAUCAUGAAAAUGUUGCCAACUUCCACCGCCGGAGAGGCCAGCCACGGUGGCCGGACGGUGGUCGUGGGAGUGAAGAUGGACUCCCACAGCACCGAGUUGCUCACCUGGGCUUUGUUCAAAGUGGCUCAGCCCUGUGAUGUUGUGCUUGCUCUUCAUGUUCUUGGGAAUGAUGAAAUUGUUAAUCGGGAUGGGAAAUCGUCUUUGUUUUCACUUGUCAAAGCUUUUGACUCUGUGCUUGCCGUUUACGAAGGGUUCUGCAAUUUGAAACAGGUGGAUCUUAAGUUCAAAAUAUGUCGGGGUUCAUCAGUGAGGAGAAUCCUGGUUCGAGAAGCAAAUGCUUAUUCUGCAACGCAUAUCAUAGUUGGAAGUCCUCAAGGUCUUCACAGAAUUCGGCCAUAUAUAUCUGUGGCAAGGUACUGUGCUAAGAAGCUACCAAGGGAUUGUUGUGUUCUUGCUGUUAAUAAUGGGAAAAUUGUGUUCAAGAGGGAUGGAUCACCAGUAACUGCAGCUGACAUGAAAGGAGUUGAUCAGAACCACGCAACUGGGGUGCCUAGUUCGAUUCACAGGACACUUGGCAAGACUUCAAAAGUGCAAGAUGAUGAUGGUAAGGGUAGUGGUCAAUUUUCAGAUCACAGUUUGGCUAAGGCUUUUCUGGAUUCUAGAGAAUUCAUUGAGAAGAAGAGUUGCUCUGUUUGUUCUUCAAACCCGGCACUGUUUGGUUUAUGUUGUAACCAUUCAGAAGAAGAGUCUUGUGGGAAUGCUUGUGACGAGAACCCUUUGGCAAUAGUGUCUGUGCAGGCCAAUGAUUCUGUUUCUAAACCAGGUUGGCCACUGCUCCAUAAGACAAUUACAUCUGACAGGAAAUGUUCUGAAAGAUCGCUGUUUCGCCAGAUCUCUGUGGUACAAUGGGCAAUGCAGUUACCUUCUAGAAAUCUUUCAUAUGCUGCACAUCUUGAACAAAACACAAACAACUGUGGCCCAAAUAAAGAUCAGUUUUUGGGUCUAGAUAGCAAGAGUGGUGCUCUUGUUCCAGUGGAUGCUGAAAUAGGAACUCCCUCUGUGCCUGAACACAACUCUAGAAGCAUUCCUAAGGAAUUGGAUGGCCUUCAUGAGAGAUACUCAUCCAGUUGCCGAUUGUUUAAGUACCAAGAACUUGUGUUGGCAACAUCAAAUUUCUUGCCAGAAAACUUGAUUGGGAAAGGAGGAAGUAGCCAGGUAUACAGAGGGUGCCUUCCUGAUGGCAAGGAACUUGCUGUUAAGAUCUUAAAGCCAUCUGAAGAUGUUCUGAAGGAAUUUGUUCUAGAAAUAGAAAUCAUUACUACCUUGCAUCACAAAAACAUUAUUUCCCUUCUUGGAUUCUGCUUUGAGGAUGGUAAUCUUCUUUUGGUCUAUGAUUUCUUAUCAAGAGGAAGCCUUGAAGAGAACAUCCAUGGUAACAAGAAAAAUCCACCUGUGUUUGGUUGGACUGAGAGAUACAAGGUGGCAAUGGGUGUUGCUGAGGCUUUGGAGUAUCUCCAUAACAAUGAAGGCCAAUCUGUGAUCCAUCGUGAUGUAAAAUCAUCAAAUGUUCUGUUAUCUGAGGAUUUUGAACCCCAGCUAUCUGACUUUGGACUUGCAAAAUGGGCAUCAACCUCAUCAUCACAUAUAAUCUGCACAGAUGUUGCUGGAACCUUUGGUUACAUGGCUCCUGAGUACUUCAUGUAUGGCAAAGUCAAUGACAAGAUUGAUGUCUAUGCAUUUGGUGUUGUGCUUCUUGAGCUCCUUUCAGGGAGAAAGCCCAUAAGUAGUGAUUACCCCAAAGGUCAAGAGAGCCUUGUCAUGUGGGCAAAUCCAAUUCUAAAUAGUGGGAAGGUGUUACAAUUGUUAGAUCCUAGUUUGGGUGAUAACUAUGAUCCUGAAGAAAUGGAAAGGAUGGUAUUGGCAGCUACACUUUGUAUCAGACGUGCUCCAAGAGCUAGACCUCAAAUGAGCCUUAUCAAAAAGGUCCUUGGAGGUGAUGGUGAAGUGAUGAAGUGGGCAAGACUAGAAGUGAAUGCUGUGGAAGCAGCAGAAAUGGGUGAUGAUGAAGCUUGUCCUCCACCUUCGAAUCUGCAGUCACACCUUAACCUUGCUCUGCGUGAUGUGGAGGAUGACUCACUCUCCAUGUGCAGUGUUGAGCAAAACAUCUCAUUGGAGGACUACUUGAGAGGCAGGUGGAGCCGUUCAUCAAGCUUUGAUUGAGCAAACUUCUAAGGAUCGUGUUUUUGAAUCUAAAUCCUUUGUAGAUAAUUUUGGUGUGUGGAAGUUUAUAGAUGGGUUUAGGAUGAGAGGUUGUUUGUGUGUGCCCUCCUCCUUCCCUUCAUUGUCUAGGAAACUCUGCCUUCUAAUUUCUAAGGCUAGUUACCCUUUCUCCAUCUUCAUCACUUGGUACCCCUUUCAACCCUCAUAUCAUCUAUUUUCUGGUGCCAAAAUAAAAGUUGUAUCUUGAAACUUCAUAAUGAUUACAGUUCUCGUGUACUUAAUAAAUUUCAUCACCAUUUCUUUUA